UUCUCAUAAUGUCGCUGGUGUGGGGAUUCGAACGCAAAAUUUUUGGACGUUUGGUCGAUUUUUGUUAGCGUUUUGUCUAAUAUAAUGACCAAAUACCCUUAACUUUAUCUGGGAACUACAAAAAGAGACGAAACCAGUUCUCUCAAACACUCAAGAGUCCAUCGCACCACCGUCCAUGGCCAGGAGAUAGCUUAAAAAGGAGUUGGCCUGAAGCUUGAAAAUAUAAGACCAAGGUAGUAGUAGAUUCCCAAUAUGGAUAUUUCUGAUGAGGAUUCUGCUGACAGUAGUUAUGCAAGCGGCGAAUCGAUAAGAUCAAGCGUUGGGGAAAACAGUUUGGACUCUUUAGAGUCUGAAGAGGAUGAUGAUAUGUAUGAUGACUCAACAGAUAAUUCGGAAGAAUCAAGCGAUGAAGAAAACAUUUUGGAUCAGACGAGCUCGAUGAUUCGUGAUAUGAUUCAUGAUAUGUAUCGUGAGAUGGUUCAUGAUAUGUAUCAUGAUAUGCUACAUGAUAUACAUGAUAUGUAUAAUGAUUUAACAAAAGAUCUGGAUGGAGCUCGCAUCCCUUCCUUUAGCGCACUACAAUCCUCCAAGAAGCAACUCUUUGAGCGCCCAGAUGACAAGACUACGGUGCUUAAUACAAUGAUGGUCCUCAACAAUCUAUCUGGUGUGAGGAUGUGGUCGCCUUUAUACCUUGCUUCCAUGCGUCAUAUUCAGGCUGAUGUUACUCACAGAGAGGCUUUCUUAGCAUUUUCUGAUCCGGAGGAUAAGGUUUGCUACUUAGAGUACAAGACUGGCAAAAAGAGAGAUGAAUGACUUUUGUUAUGGCUCCUUGUGUAUUACUUUUGGUGAAGAUUUUCAGUUUGAUUGAUCUUGUAAUGUACUCGGGAAAAAAAACAAUCAAUCAAAUGUGAAUUACAAACUUCUGUCAAUCAAUUUUUGACUUUUAGAAGUCUGCAAGAGGGAUGCUUCAAAGAAGUAAUGUAAUUCUAUCUGCUGUAAUCUACAAUUAACCAACAUUUCUACCCACAUGUGGGUUUUACUA